UCGCGCCCUUCGAGCCAUUCGGAACGUUUUUAUCAAGGGCUGAUUUCUAUUUUUCGUGAAAAUUCUAAAAAUUGGAAAAUCUGCUGACGUCAAUAAACGAAAGAUAUUUUCAACCAAAAAAAUGUCCCAUCAUCUUUAACCUCCUCUUCUACUGAUGUGACGUAUUGGGACAAAAACAAUUAAAAACUAUUUUCGUCAUACCUAAUAAUGAAACUGCAAGAUAUAGAGGACAGGCGCGUCGCGAUGCCUUUGAUCGCCGCUAUCGGCGUCGAGACGCACGUCCGAAUCAGUUCCUCGAUGGACUUUAAGUCGCGGGUGCGCGGUUGGUGGCGCGGUUUUCGCGUUAAGGCCGUUCUACAGCACGUCGGGUUGCUAGUGGUUUUAGCUGGAUACACAAUAAUCGGCGGAUUGGUUUUCAAGCAUUUCGAACAUCCAGCCGAACUGAAAAGAAUCAAAUAUUACAACGAGGCCCUCAACAUUACAAGACGAUGUUUGAUUGAAGCCAUAGUUAACAAUUCUGAUGCAGAAAAUCUUGAUUUUCUUGUGUCCAAUGAAUUAGAGAGUUAUGAAAUUGUUUUACAUGCAUCAUUCAAAGAUGGCUUCCCUCUACAUCCAGAAACUUCCAAAUGGACAACACUUAAAUCAGUAUUUUUUUGCUCUACAGUUCUAACAACAAUAGGUUAUGGCAAUAUAGUUCCAAUGACCAAAGAAGGCAAAAUCUUUUGUGUAGUAUUCGCCUUGGUAGGAAUACCUUUGACAAUGACGGUGAUUGCCGAUUGGGGAAGAUUGUUUGCUUCAACAGUUUCGGCUUUUGUAAGGAGAAUACCACCUUUGCCCAAAGCUUUAAGGAACGCUAUGGUUGCACGUAGGACUUCGUCCUACGCCCUUUCAGCAGUUUGUUUUCUUUUGGUUUAUUUGGCAGCAGGAGCUGCCGUCUUUGUCUUAUGGGAAGAAGACUGGAGCUUCUUUGAUGGGUUUUAUUUCUGUUUUAUUACAAUGACCACCAUAGGAUUUGGAGAUUUGGUUCCAAAACAACCCAAAUACAUGCUCCUCUGCACACUCUACAUCCUAGUAGGCCUGGCUCUAACUUCUACAAUAAUAGAGCUGGUGCGACGACAGUACGCUCAUUCAUGGAGGCAGCUACAAGCCCUAAGAGGCCCUUUAGCUGAGAAUUUCAGAAAACUAGCCGAAAACGCUCCCGGACUAGAUAUGAUGGCUUUUCAGCAAGAUUUAAUGAAAGUGUUGACAGUGGUGUCGAUGCCCAAAAGGAUCGGUAGCAGGAGGGACAAAAAGGCCAAACUGAAAGCGGAAAAAGAAUGGGAGGAGGCCCUGCAAGCUGUUAUCAAGGAUAUGACCAAGAAGGCUACCAGCAAGGAGCCCCAAGUUUUGCAAAUUGUUAUUUAUGAGAGUUCUGUGUAGAAUAUAAUAAAAAUCAACUUCUAAUUUGAAAUAUUAAUUCCCAAAAAUCCUGUUUUUAAAAGAGCUCUAUCUAGGCCUAUAAGCUGUUAGAAUGUAAAUUAUCUAAAAUUGAAUAUUAAAAAGCAGCUAGGUUAUGGGCCCAGGACAAUUUUAUAUUUCAACAAGUUUGAAAAAUUAGAAAACUCUUUAGAC